AUGAGUAAACAAAGUGCACAACUCGAGUGGUAUGGGACUAUAUUUCAACAAAGCUUAUCCGAAAAAAAACCUUUACACUUUAUGCUCAAUAAUGUAGAAGAUACUUUUGAAUUGAUAAAUCAAAGUUUGGAAUGA